UCCUACAUGACACACCCACUUUACUACAUGAUCCCGGCCUCUCUAAACCCAACCAUCCACCACCUAAACCCGACCAAGUGUGUGUGUGUCGUGUAGAUGCCGCACGUUCAGCUGGAUAAACUUGUGUUAGUCAGAGAGGAGACCUGCUGGUUUUCACCGACCAGGACCACUACAAGAGCGGAAUGGAGGAGAAUCAGAACCCGGAGCACCGCACCGACAACCCCGUUAAAGGGGAAGAAUCAGGCUCAGCCUCUGCUACCACCGAUAAACAGGGGAUAGAUGACUGUGGUUCACAUUCAAACAAUACAGUAGGUGGCAAUAAUGCACCUCAACGCUGGUUGCCACCCAACAUAAAACAGGAAAAAGAAGAAGAAGAACAGUCCAUCAGUCAGAGAGGAGACCUGCUGGAUUUCAUCGACCAGGACCACUACAGGAGCAGAAUGGAGAACCAGAAACCCAUUAAAAGGGAAGAAUCAGGCUCGCCUUCUGCUACCAGCGAUAAACAGAAACAAACAGGACGAGAGGGACUCAAACAUCACUGCUGUCAGCACUGUGACAAAGCCUUCACGACGUCACAAUAUUUAAAGAUUCAUCAGAAAGUUCACACAGGAGAGAAACGCCCUAGUUGUGACCAGUGUGGGAAAACUUUCACUACAGACGGUCAUUUGAAAAUCCACCAACGCAUUCACACUGGAAAGAAACCGUACAGCUGUGAGCAAUGUGGGAAAACUUUCACUACAGACACUAAUCUAAAAAUCCACCAACGGACACACACUGGAGAGAAGCCGUACUGGUGUGAACAAUGUGGGAAAACUUUCUCUCAAGACAGCACUUUAAAAAGGCACCAACGCAUUCAUACUGGAGAGAAGCCAUACUGGUGUGAACAAUGUGGGAAAACUUUCACUGAUGACAGUACUCUGAAAAGGCACCAACGCAUUCACACUGGAGAGAAGCCCUACAAGUGUGAACAAUGUGGGAAAACUUUCUCUCAAGACAGUAAUUUAAAAAUCCACCAACGCAUUCACACUGGAGAGAAGCCGCACUGGUGUGAACAAUGUGGGAAAACCUUCACUCAUGUCAGUACUCUUAAAAGCCACCAACGCACUCACACUGGAGAGAAGCCGUACUGGUGUGAGCAAUGUGGGAAAACUUUCACCGAUGACAGUAAUCUAAGAAACCACCAACGUGUUCAUACUGGAGAGAAGCCGUACUGGUGUGACCAAUGUGGGAAAACUUUCACUCAAGACGGUAAUCUUAAAAAACACCAACGCAUUCACACCGGAGAGAAACCGUACAAGUGUGAGCAAUGUGGGAAAACUUUCACUCAGGCUAGUUCCCUAAAAACCCACCAACGCAGUCACUCAUUCUGUAGGGUGGUAGUUUCCCAGGAAGUGCCUUAUAGAUAAACAGAUACCAAUGCCAACCUUUUUGAUUAGAAUACAAUGAUGAGUGUAACUAUCACCUGUAAUAAAAAUAAAGGCUGAGUGUUA